AUGUACCCCAGAUCAUUUGCCAGCAGUGUGUCUCCUGAAAAGCAUUUGACCUGCAAAGCAACAAUAAUAAUGGGGUCCAAUGCAUCAUAUGUGAAGUUUUCAGAUCACCACCAACUGGCUCAAGACAACAGUAUCUCAACCAAUUAUUCACAAGGACUACCUGAAAAUUCUACCAAUAAUGAAUUUACAACCAUUGUUUUACCUGUGCUUUACCUCAUCAUAUUCCUGGCGAGCAUCUUACUGAAUAGUUUGGCAGUAUGGAUUUUCUUCCACAUCAGAAACAAGACAAGUUUUAUUUUUUAUCUCAAAAACAUUGUAGUUGCAGACUUUCUGAUGACUUUGACAUUUCCAUUUAAAAUUAUUCAAGACUCAAGACUGGGGCCAUGGCACUUCAAUUUUUUUCUCUGUCGGUAUACAACAGUUUUGUUUUACGCCAACAUGUACACUACAAUUGUGUUCCUCGGACUCAUUAGCAUUGAUCGGUACCUGAAAGUAGUGAAGCCAUUUGGAGAUUCCAGGAUGUACAGCAUCACUUUCACCAAGAUUCUGUCUGCUUGUGUUUGGAUUGUUAUGACAUUCUUGGCCUUACCAAAUCUGAUCCUUACAAAUGGUUACCCAACUAGGAAAAAUGUAGAUGACUGCUUGAAACUAAAGACUCCUUUGGGAGUAAUGUGGCAUGAAAGUGUCAUUUAUAUCAAUAAUGGUAUGUUUAUCAUUGUACUGAUAGUACUAAUUGGAUGCUAUAUUGAAAUAUCCAAGUAUAUCUACAAAUCGAGCAAGCAAUUCAUCAGUUCUUCAAGUCGCAAACGGAAACACAACCAAAGCAUAAGGGUUGUGGUAGCUGUGUUUUUCACUUGUUUUUUGCCAUAUCAUUUGUGCAGAAUACCUUUUAUUUUUGGCUACUUAGAUAAAUUUUUAGAUGACUCAGCACAUAAAAUUCUGUACUACUGCAAUGAAGUGACUCUCUUCCUGUCUGCAUGCAAUGUGUGUCUAGAUCCUAUCAUCUACUUUUUCAUGUGUAGAUCAUUUUCACGAAGGCUGUUCAGAAAAUCAAACAUGCGAACAAGGAGCGAAAGCAUUCGAUCACUUCAGAGUGUCAGAAGAUCAGAAGUGCGUAUAUAUCAAGAAUACAAUGAUCUGUGACAUUAUCUUCAGAUUGACUCUCUUAUUUUCACUAGCAUAUUUGUUAUCUGUAAAUAAUAAAAUAUUUUGUUUGAUUA